UAAAUUCGUAAUACGUGACCGCAGUAUUUUGAUUAUCAAAAUAUCAUAUAUUAAAAGGAUAUUUAUUCUCAAAUAUAUCUGAAAACAUGAACUUUUAACUACUGUCAAUCAUUAAACGGAAAAAUAGCAAUUAUUUUAAAAACAUUUCACAGUUUCGUACCGAUACAGUUUAAUUGAUGUGUAUCAACUUUUGGAAUAUCAGUUAAUUACCCUAUAAAAUUCUUCUCCAUAUGAUUUACAGUAUUUAAAAAUACUGCUUCGCGUUCUUAUAAAACUGCGUAUUUUUUUUAUUUUUGAUAACAUUUCAAGAGAAAACUACCAAGGUAAGGAUAUUGUUGGUUUUGGAUACUGUGAUACAGGAUGUCAGCACCGGCUGGCUGUAGUUUGACAAGCUAUGACGCCACGUGCAGCUUUAGCACGUGGAGUCCACCGUUAUUGGACAGCCAGUUCUCAACAUCUCCAGGAAAUCUUAUUGUCAGCUCGGUUGAUGGAACAAUCCCGAGCAAUGCACUAAACGGCCUAACAAACAGUGGUGGUUACACCGGAACUUCGCAGCUCAGCCUCGACUGCGGGUUCGGCAGUAAUAAUCAGAUGACGUUAUUGAGUGAUAGUUUGUCAGGAAAUCUUUCAUGGGUGGACAGUAUGCUUAUAACUGAUUGCAACAACAUGGAGAUUCAAUCCGGAGCCUUUUCCACAUUGACAGGUCUUACUCUACUCACAGUUAUGGCGGGAAAUAUUUCGACAAUUUCCGGUUCGGCGUUAUCCGGUAUGACGAGUCUGACGACGCUCUAUUUCUAUGCAGGUUUCCCGUCAUCUGGUAUACCGUCAGGACUGCUUGACGGAUUGACAGAACUCACGUCUAUUGAUAUGUCUCGAACAGUUUUAAAUAGCAUACCGUCGGGGUUAUUUGACGGUUUGACCAAGCUCACAAGUCUACAACUGCUCGAUAGUAGCCUGACAACGUUGCCAGGCAACCUGUUCUAUCCUUUGCUAAGUCUGACAAGCCUGGAUAUUGGUGAAAAUAAUUGGGUAUGCGACUGCGACCUGCAAUGGCUUGGUGCAUAUCUCACAAGUUCAGGUUUAACCACGGAUAAUUGCAGUUCUCCAGCAAAUCUUGCAGGAUUUGAUCUCUCGAGGGCUUUGCUGUCAUUAACAUGCACAUCGCUGACGACGACAAUGAAGAUUGGUAUAGAUACGGUCUUAUAGCCGGCGCCUCCCUGGCUCUUAUACUGGCAAUUAUUGCAAUCUUUGGCUGUAUUUACCAGCGCAUGAAAUUUGAAGAACUCACGAGAUCCAUGAAAAAACAACAAAAAAGAGCGCAGCCAAGUGAUUCGACGGUGGUAACAGCCAUACACCCGAACCAGAAGAGUAAAAAUGCCCAUGAUCUACCAACGGAGAACCCCGUUACCAACACGACCAAUCAGAAAGUAUGGAGUGUCUCUAAUGAAGAAAUGGCAAGACAAGGAAGCCCGUUUACUAAGCGAUCCCGACAAGUGAUGCCAACUAGAAGCAAUGUUCGGAGAGGCUGGGCAUCAGAGCGUGACCCAGAUGAGUGGUAGUGGGUGGUACAUGUACAUUCAACAGACAUUAAAUUCUUCAGAUGACAUCAAAAUUUUGCUUUAAAUAUAUUUUUUUACAUGAAUGAUAAAUUGUGACACACGUGUUCUGUUUUCCGUCAUUUAGAAAUGUACAAUGUAUAUAACAUAAAAGUAACAUAUAAUUUCUGUAGUGAUCUUGUCGUAGAACGAUUGGCUAGAUCUGUAUAAUUAUAUACAUUGUAUUAUAAUGUUGCCAAAGAUAAAGCUAUACUAAAAGUGGUAAAAAGACGCACACAUGGAAUAAGUGGGAAUGGCCAACGCUCUUAUGUUGUUUAAUUGUUGUCCAAAACUUAUGUUUUUUUAUGUACAACUACAGAAUCCAUGUAAAAUCUGUAAAUUUAUUCGUUAAUGUUUUGUCUUAUGUUUGCUUGUGACUUUGUAUCUGCUUUUCGUAAAGAAAAAACCUAACAAUAAAAUAUGAUUAAACUAAAUCAUGCAUUAUUGACUCUAUACAAAUAGAUCUAUCUGUGAUAAUUUGUACUAGAUAAAUUGUAGCUUGCAUUGUAAGAA